AACGGGCGCUGCAGUGCCAGCAGAAAAUGAAAAGGAGGCGGACUUCAUAUCUGUUUUAUUGAGUUUCUUUUUCUUCUUCUGUCAUAUCUCAUCCCGCACGUAUUGUGGGCUGCUGAAUUCCUAAAAAAAAAAAAAAAAAAAGCGCGGAACCAGCGUGGAGACCCCUCGCUGGUGGGCAUGACUCUGGACUCCGGUUUGCUGAUAAAGUGCACCGACUGUUUUGGAAACAUCGUACCGGCCGAGAGAAGACUGUGUGUGGGAGACGGCAGAGCGGUCCUGCCCCCCUUUCAAUGACCACCCUUCAGUGCUAGUGGUAAAAGCCUCUCUGGUUGGUUACCAUGGAAAGCUACCACGAGUAGAGAUGCUGCCUUGUUCCUGGUCUGUAGAGUAACGCUUUCAUCAUGCCCGACCGGCGGUGCUCCACCUCGAGGGUCUCGGUUGCCUGAUAUUAACGUUACGGGCCUGCUUUUUCCAUCUGGAAAUUUCUUGGCAGGGGGGAAAGCAGGCCAGCUAGCACCGCUAGCGUUAGCCUUCUCCUUGCUGCACCUCUGGGCUUUUUAAUGCAGCAGGGGUUUCCAUGACUACACAAUUGAAACCCCUUUUCUUCCCCUGUCACUCCGAGGACAUUUUUUAAUCCACCGAGUCAUUUUAUGGGAUUCAUAUCGGCGAAAGAGACGCGGGCCUGAGCCAAAAUGGUGAACUGGAGGCGGCUGCUGCGAAUGUCCAACCGAUCGUUUCUGGCCUUCAUAUUCUUCUUCUCCAUGUCCACCACUUGUCUCUACUUCAUCUACGUGGCCCCCGGGAUAGCCAACACAUACUUCUUCAUGGUGCAGGCUCAGGGCAUCAUGUUGAGGGACAAUGUGAGGACCAUCGGCCAAAUGAUCCGAUUAUACACCAACAAGAACAAUACCCUCAACGGAACGGACUAUCCUGAUGGCAGUAACUCCAGUGAGUACCUGGUCCAGCCAACGACGUACCUCCCUGAGAACUUCACCUACGCCCAGAACCUCCCCUGCCCAGAGCGAUUACCUUCUAUGAAGGGCCUUAUGGAAGUCAAUAUGACGGAGAUCCCCGUCGAAGAGAAAGAAGUCAAAUUCUCCAAGUUUUUUGACAUUGAUUUUGGAGGCCACUGGAAACCAAAGGACUGCAGACCUCGCUGGAAGGUGGCCAUCUUGAUUCCAUUCAGAAACCGCCACGAACAUCUCCCCAUCCUCUUCCAGCACCUCAUCCCUAUGCUGCAGAGACAGCGGCUGCAGUUUGCCUUCUAUGUCAUAGAACAGAGCGGGAGCCAGCCCUUCAACAGAGCAAUGCUGUUUAACGUGGGGUUCCUGGAGGCCAUGAAGGAUCUGGACUGGGACUGCUUGAUCUUCCAUGAUGUUGACCACAUCCCAGAGAACGAUCGAAACUACUACGGCUGUGGUCAGAUGCCACGUCACUUUGCUGCCAAGCUGGACAAAUACAUGUACAUCCUUCCAUACAGCGAGUUCUUCGGCGGCGUGAGUGGACUCACUGUGGAGCAAUUUCGUAAGAUUAAUGGUUUUCCCAAUGCAUUCUGGGGCUGGGGAGGAGAAGAUGAUGACUUGUGGAACAGGGUUCACUAUGCCGGUCUGAAUGUCACACGACCAGAGGGAGAGAUCGGAAAGUACAGGUCUAUUCCUCACCACCACAGAGGAGAGGUGCAGUUCCUCGGGAGGUAUAAACUCCUGAGGUAUUCCAAAGAGCGGCAACACUUGGACGGCCUCAACAACCUUCACUACACCCCCCAGAGCUCCCUCAGCAGCCUCUACAAGAACAUCACAGUGGACCUGUAUCCCGAGCUCGCCCCUAUCGCAGACUACUGAACUGCCCCCCACCGACCCGACCCGACCCAACCCCCCCGCCACCCAACCCAACCCAACCCAACCCAACCCCUGGUCCACGACCCCAGCUCCCCUCCGGCCUUGCCUCUCAGGGGCCCGUUCAGCCACUCCAAAGCAGAGCGGCAGUGGAGAGGAGGGGAGGAGGGGAGGAGGGGGGGGGGGGGCACCGGCCGGUCAGGGGUGAUGAGGCGCACCGUGUUAUGCUGCCGAGAAAUCUUAGUGAAGAAAAAAAAAAGAAAACAUGAAGAGGCGGUGGCAAGUCUCUCAAAGUGAACUGUUGAUUGUGUGUGUCAGUAAAUCUGUGUGUGUGUGCGUGUGUGUGUGUGCGUGUGUGUGUGUGUCGGGUGAGUGAGUUGCUGCAUGUCUUUUUGUCCGUGCCGGCUUAACUACUACAAGUUGACAUGAGUCUUGGUUUUAGUUUUUUUUUUUUUUUGGGGGGGGGGGGAGCAGCAGCAUCUCAGCUCUGAUGUUUACUGCAAAGCCUUAAUGUGGCAGAACCACAGCUCCCUCUGCUCGGCUCCGCACUGCUUCACUUCUGAUGUAUCACCGUCACCUUACAAGCCAACAGACAAGAUCUUGUCUCUACUCUCAUUUUGUUUUAUACAUAUCAUUUUGUCAGGCCGCAGCGUGCCCUCAAAAAGGAGGGCUCUGACUGAGGUCGUCAUUGAUGUUCGUGAUAUCUUUUUUUUUAAAUUUUCAUAUGUGAUUAUUUAUUUCCUCUGAGACGGGGGGUGUUCGAUGAAGCGCUCCCGUCUGCAUCACUCAAGUGUUUGCUGUUUGUUUUCCGCUGCACUGCUGCUGAAUCCGCAUGAACAUGUAUGUAAAUAUCGGCCUCUUAACGCUCGAACACAGAACACACAUAUGUAAAUAUGGGCCUGCAGAAGCUCGGGCAUAUUACAGUGAUAUUCCAGUGGGUUUGAAUUUUAAUUUUGGCAGCUAUCUUCGUUCUGAGGAUUUAAUACGAGUGAGUGUUCUCUUCCUAACAGGAAGAUCUUCUAACAUAGGAUGUUUGGCUUUAAGAAAAAAAAAAAAAGAAAAAACUGAAGUAUCCAAAUCUGAAGAUCUGACAUGAUCCUUUGCAUGCCUUAAUUUAUUUUGUUUACCAGAUUGAGUUCUUUAUUUCAUCAUAUGGAGAUGUGUAUAUUUCUAAUUUAGCCUUUUUGUUUUUCUUAAUGAGGUGCACUGUGUGAAACUAGUAGAGCUGCUCUUGAGAAGGAGAGGCAGAGUCUCUCCUCCCUCGUUGACUCUGUGCAGCGAGCAGCGUCGGCCGUUACAGCGAUAGCUUCAGAGCAGGCGUGUGGUCUCACCUGACUGUACAUUUCCUGUCCCAGAUGUUUUUAUGAUUUUUUUUAUUCAGAUGAUUUUGUGCUGGACCAUGUGACAAACUUCUUCAUUGUACUGUACUGUGCGCUGAAGCACAGGGAUCUGGGCUGGAUGCUGUGUGUGUGUGUGUGUGCGUGUGCGUGUGCGUCUGGACUGUGGUGUUUUCUUCUUUUCCAAGUUAGUGAAGCAGUAAGAAGGGCCAUAAUGAGAGAACGUGGGUGACAGCCUCUCGUGGCUGAAGCGUCUGCCGUUCUUGAAUGGCGCGCGCUGUGAAGAGUUUAAUUUCUUAAAGCUUUGAGCACUAAAAGACUGGAGAGAAACGUUAAAGGCAGAUUAUUUUUUAAAGCAGAUGUUCACUGUUACGAUGCUCCUCUAUAUCUCUUGUUUGAAUUUGACCUUGAAUUGUAUGUUUGAAAUGUUUUUUUAUUUUGAUAAGUGUUCGAAUAUGUUGAAUCAGAACUCUGGCCAUUUUUCGACUGAAGCCUUACUUCCUGUUCCUGUCUCCAUCAGGCUUUGCGAUCUUGUUAAGUGCUUUGGGACGAGUCUCUCUGAGGUCGCAGCUUGAUCUUUGGUCUUCUGUCCAAACGGCUGACCUGCCUCUCCGUUUGUAGACCAGACAAUUCCGAUGUUUGGUGAUCACAUUCAGAGGACAGUUGUUCCUUUAAUCGGGGCGAGACGGGACACACAUCGACCAACACGACAGAUACAAAAAUCAAGCAGAUUACAUAUGAACUUUUAUAAGAACGUAAACAAAGAGUUAUUUCUCUGUUAGGUCUUCUAUACCAGGGGUUCUCAAAACUUUUCACCACGCGACCCCCAAAAUAACGAUGCCAGAGACGGGGUCCCCCUCUGUGCCUGGAAGGGGUUAACGUGUGUAACGUUGCACACAGCAGGACGCACGAAUCGAUCGAUUCAAACACUGACAUUAGAACAACACUAAAUAAUUCAGCAGCCUGAGAAUGAGAUUAUUUCAGGGUGUCUGUAUAGUCACUGUAACGUGCACUUUUAAAAAAAUGUAAUUUCAACACAAAUCUCACUCAAGAUGUAUGUAGUUUUUUUAAAUAUGAACAAAGUUUUUGUGUAUGUAAUUAUGUAAUAUUUCAAAAUAAUAGGUCAAAUGUCUUUUUUAGCCAUUUCCGAUCUGUAUUUGUUUUCGGAAGACAUCUCACACCCCCAAGGAGUCCCAACCCCCACUUUAGGAACCACUGUCCUUUACCAAUGUGAGAAAAAAAAAGUAAACGUAAGUAAAACGUAAACAAAACUUGCUUUAAAAAAAAAGGCGAGUUAAGAGAGACAACGAGUCGGAGUGUGAAACUGAUUUAAAAGACAACAGUUACUCUGUUGAAGAGAUCAUCCUGUUCAUUAAGAACGAACUCAAACAAAUAGUCCCAGUUUAUAUUUGACAUGACUUUUCUGAGGCUGUGAUUGGCUGUUCUAAUGUGCCUCCACAUGGAAAUAAUACAUGCUUUCUGCAGAGACACACAAAUAUCAAAGUGAUCAAAUCACUGUGUGACCCCCCCCCCCACCAUCACCAAUACUCCCAGAGGCAUCAAAUGUCUGCGUGCUGCUCAUAUUCAGAGUCAGUGGCGUGCACUUUAACGACUGAUGGGUAAGGGAGACGGAGGAACGUAAGUCUGAGGUAUGAAAUGGCCAGAGUGAUAAUUUUUUUAUUUAUUGUUGAAUCGUUUCAAAACAUUUCAUGGCACACGCAGGAUCCUCCACAUCAAAUCUGCAAGGACUGUCCUUAAGCCCAACCCCCCCCCACCCACUCUAAAAAAAAAAGCAACCUUGCCGCCUUGUAUAUGUUUACGAUAUGAGUUCCCCCCCCCCCUAACAAAAAAAAAGAAAUGGACAUGACUUCAGUUGACGCUACAUUCAGCACUGCUCGUCUUCAUGCACAAAGCUUUAACACUUCAGCAGCUCACGGCUCGGAGAGUACAGAGGAGGGGAUUUCUCACUCAAGUCUGCUGACGUCUCCCUCUUUCAGCAAUGCUCUUCCUUUUCUAGAGACCCGGGGACUCGGAACAGUAUUGUUUUUUUUUUUGGUUUUUUUUUAAGAGGACGAUUCUCUUGUGCUUUGCCUUUCUUAGCUUAGUACCACUUUUUUGCAUAAGAGAAGAAAUCCUCCCUCUCUAUAGGACACGGACUGAGAAGUGCUUCAUGUAGCCUGGCUGCUCACGUCGUCACGCCGUUAUCCCCAUGACUCUGCAGCUUCACAGGGCAAAUACAGUGCCAUGUACUUACAGGAAACCCACCCCCACCCCCAUAUCACUUCUACACUCUGCCAAUCUUGUUCUUUUUGCCACAGUAUUCAGUUCAGCAGUAAUGCCUUAAAUAUUAAUUACUGCUUGUAGUCGAGUGUUGAAUAUCUUAGAAGCAGUUUUCACGUUUAGUUUGCAAACGUAUUCAAAGCUUAUAUUUCUACGAGGGUACGACUGAUCGAUCCUGGACAGGGUUUUCUUUUUUUCUUUUUUCUUUUUUUUGUCAUAUCCCCCCCUUCCUCCCUACGGGACACUCUGAAGAGCAUGAACUGCAUGUUACCUCUCACCUCCACACACAUUACUGCUGUGCAAACGAAGUGAACCUUUGUCCGUGCUGUGACACUUUAAAGACGUGCGAAAAGGUUGACGGUGAACUUGUGACCGACACGGGCUUCAUCCAAACCUCUGUCUGGGUUUGACCUUUAAAUAAGGCUUUUAGAGAAAAGAGAAAACAAGACAUCACUGUUGAAUAUCUCUGCCCAUUGUGAGCGAUGUGAACACACGGCUUUGACUCGUAUCACAGCAUCGUGUGACAGUAUUUAAAACAGAACAAAAAGACCAAAACAGAAAUCUACAGUUGCCAUAAUGCCAAUUAUUGCAUCACCCGUUAGAUCAUCUGUGCCUGGAACGGGGAGACUUCAUACUCUUAGAAGUGUGUCUUCUCCACGCCGUGACAUCAUCAGGGUAAUCUGCUUCCUCCUGAAACGUAGGAGAGGGACACGUGUUACACAAACCUUUACGCUUAAAUCUGGUGGAGAUGAAUCCUUGAGAACGUAAUUAGGCGGUUUCAUCCAUCAAGUGUCUUCAAAUAUUAAAUAUCACAAACUGACCCUGACAAACACAGGCCCCUUCUGCAUCUGUUCCUUAUCCUGUUCAUAGUUCAGCGCGCAGCAUCAAACGUGACUCCAUGAGAAAUAAGUGUUAGAACACACAGGUAGUAGACAGGAGAUGAGGUAUGACAGUCGGCAUGUAGCGCUUUAGAUCAGAGCUGCGUUAGAAUCUAGUUUGCAUGGCCAAAGCCACGACUCUGUGUCCAAGAGGUGCCAAGUCUGUAAACCAGGAAUCAACCUGUCCCGUUACAUUUGAUCUGAAUUCUGUCUGGUUCUACUCGUUCGGGACAUCUUUCGGGUGUUUUGCUAAUUGUUCCCAGUAUUAGCUGAGGUUGACUCCACCCACUUCUUCUUAUCUGACACCGUACAUCUGAAGUGUUCACCAUUAGACAACUGUAUUCCAUUUUUGCAGUAUUUGUUUGUGCCUUGAGUUAUUUAUUUAUUUUUUCUUUCUCUCUCUCUCUUUAAAUUCAAUCUGAAGAGAUUAAAAAAUGUUUGUUUUCUUGAAAUGUUUUUGUCCCCUUUCAUGGUCUUCAUAUCGAGUCGGACUGAGUGUGAAAUGUGUUCAUCAAACGAUGAUAAAUGAUCCAAUGACA